AUGAAAAAUGAAGCGUAUGAGACAUUGGUGAAGAAACUUCGAGAGAAGGAAAGUGCCACCCGUGACACGGUAACCAAGAAGAUAAACAACAUGCGCAGUUCCUUCAGGAAAGAAAUGAAAAAGGUUGAAAAUUCAAAGAAGUCUGGGGCAGCUACAGAUGACGUCUAUCGUCCAAGUCUGUGGUACUACGACCAGCUUUUAUUUCUUCGUGACCAAGAAACACCAAGGACAUCAUCAUCAGAUAUUGAAGAGGAUGUGAUCGAGAUGGACUGCAAGUCUACAUCCCAGCCUGGAGCUUCAAGACCCCUUCCAUUACCACCUGCAAAACAGAGCCGCCAACCGGGACCAUCAGUGAGCAACAAGGCUGAUGAGGUUCUGGGCAUCAUUGGGGACAAAUUACUGGGAGCACGUGAUGAAGAUGAAUAUGAUUUGUUUGGUAAAUUAAUUGCAAGAAAAUUGCGUAAAGUUGACGAUGAACAACGAAAAUUUGCUCAAAAAUGA